AUGGCAACCAUGAUAAUAACUACGUGCUCAAACAGCUUUGGAUACAAUGGUGUUUCAACUGGUGUGAUACCACAUUGUAUGCCGUACUGCAAAGCAGACGGUCCAGUGCCAACGAACAUGCUGACAUAUGGUAUAUGCAUUGGUCAGUUUGAGAAGUACCGUGUCUGUUUUCGCACCUACCUCAAGCAUCAUCCUUCCAUCAGAGGAGAUGAGUGA